AUCGCCGUCUUUGGCUUUCCCUAGUAACCUAGUUGUAAUUCCACUCGUUCAUAUCCUACUAGUAUAUUACUACAACUUUCGUUACACCUAAUACUACUAUACACAUAAAGCUAUGCGUCUUUCAUCGACCAUCCUGGCCACGGCGGCCCUCCUAUCCUCGGCCAAGGCCGCCCUCAAGGGAUUCAACUAUGGCGCCCAAUUCGCCAACGACCAGCCCAAGCUACUCGUCGACUUCGAAUACGAAUUCAACGCCGCCAAACAACUCCCCGGCACCAACGGCUGGACCAGCGCCCGUCUGUACACCAUGAUCCAGCACGGCACGCAAAACUCCAUCAUCGAAGCCAUCGAAGCGGCCAUCAACACCAAAACCACGCUGCUCCUCGGCAUGUGGUGCUCAGCCGGCCAAGCAAACUUCAACAACGAAAUCGCCGCCCUCAAAGCGGCCAUCACCAAAUACGGCACCGCCUUCACAGACCUCGUGGUCGGUAUCUCGGUCGGUAGCGAAGACCUCUACCGCAUCACGCCCACCGGCAUAGAAAACAAUUCCGGUGCCGGCGCCCAGCCCCAGGAACUGGUCAAGUACAUCCAGCAAACCCGCGACGCUAUCCGCGGCACCCCCCUCCAGGGCAAGCCCAUCGGCCACGUCGACACAUGGACCGUCUACGUCAACGCGUCCAACUCUGCCGUCAUCGACGCCGUCGACUUCAUCGGCAUGGACGCAUACCCCUACUUUGAAUCCACCCUCAGCAACAACGUCGGAAGCGGCAGCCAGCUCUUCUUCGACGCCUACCACAAGACACAGGCCGCCGCAAAGGGCAAGACCGUCUGGGUCACCGAGACCGGUUGGCCCGUCAGCGGAAAGCAGUCCGGCCAGGCCGUUGCUAGCCCCCAGAACGCCCGUAUCUACUGGGAAGACGUCGUCUGCCAGCUUGUCAAGGACAACGUCCCGCUUUACUACUAUAUCCUCCAGGAUGUCCAGUGGGGAACCCCUUCGCCUUCCUUCGGUAUCAAGCCAGGCGGUGAUCUCAUGAGCGUUAACCCGCUGUAUGAUCUUUCUUGCCCUGCCUAGAAGCAGUAGAUUAGUUGGGAAUAGCCCAACGAUGCUGUAGCUAGUAUCGAGAAGCGUUGGUUGGUUGGUUGGUUGGGGGCUAUGGAGUCUUCAUCCUCAUGCACACCCGCCCUUUCUGUGUACAUAACUAGUCAAAAACAUUUUUUUAUGAAGCAAACAAAAUUACAAUUAGACUUACUUGCAUA